AUGGGCGGGUGAUAUAGAAAGCGGGGUCAAUGAGGCGGACGAACGGAAAGACGAAGGCGGGUCUAGUAACAGGAAUGGUCCGAUGAGGCUCUGCACAGACGGUGGGAGGCCGGGUUGACCGCGUCCCCCGUCUCCCGGUCCGACAGAACUUGGAAAUCCCGAAGACAUUAUCUUAAGAUUGAGCCUCUAAGUGUAGAAGAGAAAAGCCACAGCUCUGGUCAGCCCGGCACGUGCCCCGCCCCCACCCCGGAGUCCCGGAAGCGGAAGUGACGGACACGGAAGUGGGCUGCUGUUACCGAGGGGCCUGGCCGGGCAGAUGCCAACAUGGCAGCGGUUGGAGCUGGAGGUUCCACCGCGGCGGCAGGGCAAGGGGCGGUCUCCGCGGGGGCGUUGGACCCUGGGGCCGCGAGUGCGGCUCACCGGCGCCUCAAGUACAUAUCCCUAGCUGUGUUGGUGGUCCAGAAUGCCUCCCUCAUCCUCAGCAUCCGCUACGCCCGCACACUGCCUGGGGACCGCUUCUUUGCCACCACUGCUGUGGUCAUGGCGGAAGUGCUCAAAGGUCUCACCUGCCUGCUGCUGCUGUUCGCACAGAAGAGGGGUAACGUGAAGCACCUGGUUCUCUUCCUCCAUGAGGCUGUCCUGGUGCAGUAUGUAGACACGCUCAAGCUUGCAGUGCCCUCUCUCAUUUAUACCUUGCAGAAUAACCUCCAGUAUGUUGCCAUCUCCAACCUGCCAGCUGCCACUUUUCAGGUGACGUACCAGCUGAAGAUCCUGACCACAGCACUGUUCUCCGUGCUCAUGCUGAACCGCAGCCUUUCCCGGCUGCAGUGGGCCUCCCUGCUGCUCCUCUUCACUGGCGUCGCAAUUGUCCAGGCCCAGCAAGCCGGUGGGGGAGGCCCACGGCCCCUGGACCAGAACCCCGGAGCAGGCCUAGCAGCUGUUGUGGCCUCCUGUCUCUCCUCAGGCUUCGCAGGUGUCUACUUUGAGAAGAUCCUCAAAGGCAGCUCGGGCUCCGUGUGGCUACGCAACCUGCAGCUGGGCCUCUUUGGCACAGCACUGGGCCUGGUGGGGCUCUGGUGGGCUGAGGGCUCUGCUGUGGCCCACCGUGGCUUUUUUUUUGGGUACACUCCUGCUGUCUGGGGUGUAGUGCUCAACCAGGCCUUUGGUGGGCUACUAGUGGCUGUCGUUGUCAAGUACGCCGACAACAUCCUCAAGGGCUUCGCCACCUCCCUGUCCAUUGUGCUGUCCACUGUUGCCUCCAUUCGCCUCUUUGGCUUCCACGUGGACCCAUUAUUUGCCCUUGGUGCUGGGCUCGUCAUUGCUGCCGUCUACCUCUACAGCCUUCCCCGAGGUGCAGCCAAAGCCAUAGCUUCUUCCUCUGCCUCCGCCUCCGGGCCCUGCAUUCACCAGCAGCCUGCAGGGCAGCCACCUCCACCUCAGCUGUCUUCCCAUCACAGAGACCUGGUCACGGAGCCCUUUCUGCCAAAGUUGCUCACCAAGGUGAAGGGUUCCUAGCUGCUGGGAUUGAAGACGUUGCCCUGGCCUCGUUCUCCCUUCUUGCCCUGGCCCAGCUGGGACCAAACUAAUCAGUAUUAGGGGUAGGGUGAGGUAGACACUGAACUCCCCACCACCUCCACCCCCAUGCAGGUCUGACACGAGUAAGCUCUCUCUGGUAAAGAACCACCUUAGCCCUCAGCCCCUGCCACCCCAUGCUAUUUCUUAGGUGAGUUUUUACAAAUAAAAUAUGUUUUGCAUCUUGCUGGCUUGGGUUGGGAAGCCUCGAAAG